CCCCGGUUAGCCCGCCCCCCACUGGCCCGGCUCGCCUUAAACUAAGCUUAGGCUUAGCUGCUCUCUCCUAAAGCCUCCCACCCCCGGAGAAGUACUAACCGACCCCAAAACCUCCUCCGCUGGGCGCUCUCGUCGUCUCCGCUGCCGAGCCGCGCGCCUCCUCCCCGUCCGAGCGGUUGACCGCGGGAUUUGGCCAGUGAAAAUGGAUGGGAACACUAGAGGAGGCGGGCAUUCUGAAGCGUUAAAGAACUACAAUCUGGGCAGAACAUUAGGUAUAGGCACAUUUGGAAAAGUGAGGAUUGCAGAACAUAAGCAUACAGGGCACAAAGUUGCUAUAAAGAUUCUGAACCGUCGUCAAAUGAGAACUAUGAACAUGGAAGAGAAAGCAAAGAGAGAGAUCAAGAUAUUGAGGUUGUUCAUUCACCCUCAUAUCAUCCGGCUUUAUGAGGUCAUUUACACACCUACAGAUAUAUUUGUUGUGAUGGAAUAUUGCAAGUAUGGGGAGCUAUUCGACUGCAUUGUUGAGAAAGGGCGGUUACAGGAAGAUGAGGCUCGUCGAAUCUUCCAGCAGAUUAUAUCUGGUGUUGAAUACUGCCACAGAAACAUGGUUGUUCAUCGUGAUCUAAAGCCAGAAAACCUGUUACUUGAUUCCAAAUAUAAUGUGAAACUUGCCGACUUUGGAUUAAGUAAUGUCAUGCAUGAUGGCCAUUUUCUGAAGACUAGCUGCGGGAGUCCAAACUAUGCUGCACCGGAGGUUAUCUCAGGUAAAUUGUACGCUGGACCUGAGGUUGAUGUUUGGAGCUGUGGGGUGAUACUUUAUGCUCUUCUUUGUGGCACUCUUCCAUUUGAUGAUGACAAUAUUCCCAACCUGUUCAAAAAGAUAAAGGGAGGCAUCUAUAUCCUUCCAAGUCAUUUAUCUGCUCUUGCAAGGGAUUUGAUCCCAAGAAUGCUUGUUGUUGAUCCUAUGAAGAGAAUCACAAUUCGUGAAAUUCGAGAACACCCAUGGUUUCAGAAUCGCCUUCCUCGCUACCUGGCAGUGCCUCCACCAGACACGGCGCAGCAAGCCAAAAUGAUUGAUGAAGAUACACUUAAAGACAUUGUCAACCUGGGAUAUGAUAAAGACCAUGUGUGUGAAUCACUGUGCAAUAGGCUGCAAAAUGAGGCAACUGUUGCAUAUUACUUACUCUUGGACAAUCGGUUCCGGGCCACUAGUGGCUAUUUGGGGGCUGACUAUCAACAAUCAAUGGGUAGGAGUCUUAAUCAGUUUACUUCAUCGGAAUCAGCAAGCCCAAGUACCAGGCAGUAUCUUCCAGGAACCAAUGAUUCUCAAGGCAGUGGCUUGCGGCCAUAUUACCCCGUUGAAAGAAAAUGGGCUCUUGGGCUCCAGUCUCGAGCUCACCCUCGUGAGAUAAUGAUUGAGGUUCUAAAGGCACUUCAAGAAUUAAAUGUCUCCUGGAAGAAGAAUGGACACUACAACAUGAAAUGCAGAUGGUGCCCUGGGUUUCCUCAGGUCAGUGAUAUGUUAGAUGCCAACCACAGCUUUGUUGAUGACUCUACCAUCAUGGAUAACGGCGAUGCCAAUGGGAGGCUACCUGCCGUGAUCAAGUUUGAAAUUCAGCUUUACAAGACCAAGGAUGACAAGUACCUGCUGGAUAUGCAGAGACUUACUGGACCUCAGCUCCUCUUCCUGGAUUUUUGUGCGGCCUUCCUUACCAACCUUAGGGUUCUGUAGUAUGGUGCCUGUUCUGGUUGAGUGGUGAAUGGUUAGACAUAUGACUGUCAGCGAUGAAUAAGUGAUGGUGUGUAAAUAGGUGGUGUGUUUCGUCUUCGUUUUACCCAGUCCCUGACAGCGAACCGUGUUGUUUUGAGUGACUAGUCCUGUGUGAAGAACCAAAAGGUUAAGUGGUUGUUAUAAAUAAGACUUGCUAUAUGGUAAA